CACACAAAUACAUACACACAGAUACAUAUCCAAUUCCCUUCUCUCUUUCGCUUCUUUCAAUUCUCCUGUCUCCUUCUCCCGCUUAGAUCGGAUCUUCCAAUAUCUCUAUCGUCGUCAACACACAAACCGCCCAAAUUUCCAGAAAACUUUAAAAAAAUUAGAAGAUGGAGAAAUAGGGAGAAGGCAGACUAAUAAAUAAUACGGGGAGAAAAAAAAAAGGGGUGGAGAAAAAUCCGAUAUUUUGACAACCCGAGAAAAUAGAAAAUUAAACAGGGCUGUUGAUGGUUGAAAGGUGGAAUAUUGGCGUGCAUUUGAUUGAAUAGACCAAAUGGGAAAUGUGACAUCGAACGUGGCUGCAAAGUUCGCCUUUUUCCCGCCGGAGCCGCCGACGUACGACGUGUACAGUGAUGAGGUGGAGGGGAAGCUGGUGAUGAGCGGGCUUUCGCCGGAGAAGAACGUCGACGUGCAUUUAUUGGACACCAAGGGCGGGAAUAAAAUUGUGGCCACGUUUUGGAGGCACCCGGCGGGGAGGUUUACGCUGCUCUAUUCUCACGGGAACGCCGCCGAUUUGGGGCAGAUGCUGGAGCUCUUUCUUGAGCUCAGAGCGCAUCUACGUGUCAACAUCAUGAGCUAUGAUUAUUCUGGAUAUGGAGCAUCCUCUGGUAAGCCGUCUGAAUUAAACACAUACUACGACAUUGAGGCUGUCUAUGAAUGUUUGAAGAACGAGUAUGGGAUCAAGCAAGAGGAUGUCAUUCUAUACGGCCAAUCUGUUGGGAGCGGUCCCACGUUACAUCUUGCAUCUCGCUUUCCUAUGUUGAGAGGUGUAGUUCUCCACAGUGCUAUUCUUUCGGGGAUACGAGUUCUUUAUAAUGUAAAGGUCACAUUCUGGUUCGACAUUUUCAAAAACAUAGACAAGAUAAGGAAUGUCAACUGCCCUGUUCUAGUAAUACAUGGUACAAAUGAUGAGAUUGUUGACUUCUCACAUGGCAAGCGACUAUGGGAGCUUGCCAGGGAGAAAUAUGAUCCGUUGUGGGUUAAAGGUGCAGGCCACUGCAAUAUAGAAACAUUUCCUGAGUACAUCAAACAUUUGAGGAAAUUCGUAAAUGCAAUGGAAAAACUUUCCUUCUCCAAAAGAGACAAGAUGCAAACUGAUCCUAGCCCUGCCUCGGGAGAAUUAAAAACCAACAAAUGCAUGAUGUUUACAAAAAAAUAGCUCUAUUCAUAGAAGUUCACCUCAACAAAACCAGUUACUCAAUUCAGCUGCAGAGCUGUAUAGGGGAUGAAGAUGCAUAUCAAGAUUGAAUAUGAUCCAAUCUACGCAACAGCUUUUCGCAAUCCAUCAAGGUAAAAUUGAUUUGCUGUCUGUGAUGCCUAUAUUUCCCGAAAACUCGACUUAUCAUCACCUAGUGUAUACUACUAGAAUUCCUUUGUUUAGCUGCAAGAGUUAGUGUAGUAAUAGAUUGUUUACAAUGCACCGUUAUUCAUUCUCGUAUAGUGCCUAUGCUCGUGAGAACGUGGUUGUGAUGAUGUUCUAACAUUUAUGUGAACUCUUGUGCAUAUACACCUGCUGAGGCUCUAUACAAUUCUUUCAUGCUUUUCCUUAUUGUUUA